AUGAUGACCAAUGGAAUUACUCCCGUCUAUGGGUUAUUAAUUGGUAAAAGCGCUGAAGAUUAUAAUUUAUUCAUCGAAAAAGUGUUAGAACAGGACAACUUUCAACCUGAACCAAUCAUGACUGAUUUCGAAACUGACACAAUCAAGUCAGUCAAAGAUAUGUGGCCAAAUAUUUUACACAAAGGAUGUCUCUUUCAUUUUUCACAAGCGGUGUGUCGACAAGUUCAAAGCAAAGGAUUAACGACCAAAUAUAAUGAGGAUGAGUCUUUUCGUUUAAAUGUAAAACAAUUAUUUUCUCUUGCUUUUGUUCCACUAGAUCAAAUUAUAAUCGGCUUCGACUUAAUUUGUGAUCAAUUCGACGAUGACGCCGACGAUUUACUGGAGGAUUUUGAAAAAACAUGCAUUGGAACUGGUCGAAAGAAGCCACAAUUCGAUCAUAAAUUAUGGAAGAUUCCUGAUCGUGUCGUCGUUACUGUACCCCGACCAAAUAAUUCGGUUGAAGGCUGGCACAAUGCUUUCGCUAAUCGAGUCACAAUAAGUCAUCCGGCUAUCGUAAAACUGGGAAAGAAAAUUUGUCGUAAACAAUCAAAAUUUGAAGUGGACAUGACGAAGAUUCUUCAAGGCCACGAUAUUAAGACGAAGAAAGCCUGCUAUCGAAAGUUGGACGAGCGUAUUACUCGACUGGCCAACUCAUUCGACCCAACUCCACUGGAUCAAUUUAAAAAAAAUAUGGCAGCUAAUAUUACUCUUUGGGUAUUUUGUUUUCUUUAA